CGGUUCCCAUCCCAGGUGCUGGCUGCCAGCGUCCCCCACUCUAGCGGCGCAUCCUCAGGGACAUUUACGAUAGUCCUCCUCCCACCGCGCACACGACCACGGCCUUGCCCAUGUCCUAAUUCGCACCAAGCACCGGUCACAGAGCAGCAAAUAAUCCACAGCGAUCAUGCCCGUCAUCAAGCCGGCCGCUGGCCCGACGACAGCCCCGGCCUCCUACAAGCAGCCGUCGAGAAAAGGCAAGAAGGCCUGGAGGAAGAACGUCGACGUGACCGAGGUAGAAGAAGGUCUCGAUGAGCUGAACGAAGAGAUCAUCAAGGGUGGUGUCCUUGCCGAACGCCCAUCGGACGAACUGUUCACCCUCGAUGUUGUCGGCGACGCCUCCAUAAGCAAGAAACACCCCAAGAAGAGCUCUAAGCCACUCAAGGCCGAUGAGAUCAUUUCCGCUCGAUCAGUCAUCCCUGCUGUAUCUCUACGCAAGCGCCCCGGCGAGAAGACCACCGAUGGCAUCCUGUCCGUCAAGCGCCAGAGAACCGAGUAUGUCACCCAGAAAGAGCUUUCGAGACUGAGAAAGGUUGCAGACGGUCAUCACGAGUCCGUGAUCGAGGUCUCGGAAGACACAUUCGACCCUUGGGCAGUAACGGCACCUGUCAAGCGGGAGGAGGUGGCAAUCAUUCACGACAAGCGGAAUGACCAGAAGAAGGCACCAAAGACCAUCACACAAAAGCCAUUGACGCUGGCCGCCAAUGGAAAGGAGAUCCCAGCUGUCGCCAAGCCCUCGGGCGGGUACAGCUACAAUCCCAAGUUCGAGGACUACGAGGCGAGGUACAAGGCUGAGGCGGACAAGGCUGUGGCUGCUGAGAAGAAGCGCCUGGCCGAGGAGGAAGCGGAGCGUCUAAAGAAGGAGGCCGCCGCCAGAUCUGCUGCCGAGGCUGAAGCGGCCGAGGCUCGCGCUGAGCUUUCAGAAUGGGAUGAGGACUCGGAAUGGGAAGGUGUGCAGAGCGGAGGUGAGGAGUUGCAAGUCAGCAAGAAGCGACCCGAACGCAAGACGCCAGCACAGAGGAAUCGCGUGAAGCGGAGAAAGGCCGAGGAGGGACGUCUCAAGCAUGAAGCUAGGGAGAAGCUCAAGAAGGCCCAAGCAGAGCGGGUCAAGGAGAUUGCACAGCAGGUGGCUGAGCGGGACAGUUCGCUCAUCCUCGCAGACAAUGGCGAUGACAGCGACGACAGCAUGGAAGGCGCCGAUGAUGUUCUGCGUCGCAAGCAGCUUGGCAAGUACAGGCUUCCAGAGAAGGAUCUCGAGCUGGUGCUCCCAGACGAGUUGCAGGAUUCUUUGCGACUGCUCAAGCCAGAAGGCAACCUUCUCAAGGACCGAUACCGCAGCAUGAUGGUCAGAGGCAGAGUCGAGGCCCGGAAGCGGAGGCCAUUCAGGAAGCAGGCCCGUACCACGCGCACCGAGAAGUGGAGCUACAAGGAUUUCAGUAUAUAGGUGCAUCUCGUACAUUUUUCACCAAGCAAGCGGCUGGACAAAAAUAAUAGACAACGGCGUUGGGCCUUCAUGGUCAUGUUGCGACAGAAACGAGGAAUGAUGACUGCCAGGGC